ACACUUCUGUGCAGAUCCAACAGAUCCACCUAACGAACAGGACAAAAUGUGGCUGUCUGUGCUUUCUGUGUGGGGCAGUCUGCUAACAUUAGUGGCAUCUCAGAGCUGCCUGGAUCCAUCUGAGAACAGCGCUUCAUGGAUGAGGUUAAAACCUCUAGGGCAGUGCAAGGAUGGGGAAAGUACAUGCCCUUAUCGCAUCACUCUUCCUCCUCUCACUGUUCAGCUUCCCAAGUCAUUCAGGGAACUGGAGAAGAUGGCCAGAGAACUGCGAAGCCUGACACAGAUGGUGAACCAGCUCAAAGAAGAUUGUCGUGAGUGUAAGUUGAGGCAGGGACUGGACUGGAAUGUACGGAGAGAUGAUGAAGGGGAGGAUGGAGAAAGGAUUCAAGCUUCUAGGGGCACUCUCAACACCAGAGAGAGACAGCAGGACAUAUCCAAGCGAGAGAGUACAGUUCAAGUGACCACUUCAAGAUCUGCAGUGGAAGACACUAUGAUCAUCAGCAGCGAUGCAAAGGACAUAAAUCCAACAGCCUUCGGAAAACAAAUGAAUGCCAAUCAGGAGAGGAACGUGAACCCACGUACCACUAAACCAAGGGCUGAGACCGAUAGAGGACCAAAAGGAUUUAAAACUUCAGAAAAAAAUCCAAUAAGCAGGAGUAUGAGUAAGGUUGGAGAGGUGCCCUCACGUACAACCACAAAAAAGAAGAUCCUACAGUCUCCACUGGAUAAACUGACUGAAUCAACUUUUCCUGGAGAUCUAGACAGUGAACAACCUACACAGCAUGAGAAACAUAAGACCAAUACAAUGAAGGUUGGACAUGAGGUGUACCCUAGUGGAACCCUGACUGCAAAAGGCAAGGUGAAGAGUAUCCCUGAAUAUCAUGUAGUUACUAUAGUUACAGAGGAUGAUGAUGAUGAUGUAAAAACAAAGCUACUUCAAACACCAAAAGGUGAUAAGGCACUAGGAGAAAGACAAUUGGUGACUGGCAUUGAUGCUGAAAACAACAGAGAACUUGAACCAAAUAUGAAACAACUUACCGGAAAACAACAGGACAAAGAGGACAAAAAAGAAUUUGCUGACACUGGACUAAAAGAAUCAAGAUCCAAUAUUUUUGAUGACAUUAACAAUGGCAAUGUUGCUAAAGAAGGUAGUGUCAGUGUAAUACAACAACCAACCUUGAAAAACAAGGAAAAAAUGGAAAAGAAUAAUCAAGGCGCUAGCUCUACCAAGCUAAAACCAUUAAAACCUGGAGUAUAUUCAGAGAGGGAUACUGAAAUGAAUUCAAGACCAGUUAACACAGAUGACACAAUCAGAGGACAAAAGAAGAUAAUGUCACCCAUCACAGGCAGAGCUAAUGCAUCUGUUAAUGUAAGUCAAAUAAAUCCACAAUCACUGGAAUUUACAUCUGAAACGGCAUUUAAACCUGACACAGAUGCAAAGAUGGAAACGCUAAUAGAAUCGAAAUUUAACACAGCAGAGACAGUAAGUGGACAAGCAACGUCAAGAUCACCCACCUCUGGCAUAAUUUAUGGCAUAGUUGAUGUAAGUCCAACAAAUCCACAAACACUAGACAGUAAAAAACAAUUUAUUGCUGGCAUAGAUUCAGAGAGUGAUGCUGGAAUGAAUUCAAACCCAGUUAAUAAUGUUGAUACAGUCAGUGGACUAAAUAAUUCAAGAUCUCCCAACUCAGGCAGAGCUAAUGUCACAGCUGAUGUAGAUCUAAUAAAUCCAAAAAUACAGAAGAGUAACUUUCAGACCCCAUUCAAAUCUGGAACAGAUGCAGAGAGUAACACUGGAAUGGAUUCAAAUCCAGUCAACGGACUAAAGAAUUCAAGAUCACCCAUCUCAGGCAUAACUGAUGGCAUAGUAGAUGUAAGUCCAACAAAUCCACAAAUACUAGACAGUAAAUAUCAGUUCCAAGUGGGCACAGAUUCAGAGAGUUAUGGUGAAAUAGAUUCAAACCCAGUUAAUAACACUGAGACAGUCAGUGGACUAAAGAAUUCAAGAUCACCCAUCUCAGACAGAGCUAAUGCCACAGUCGAUGUAGAUCUAAUAAGGCCAAAACAACAGAGCAGUAACUCUCAAACCUCAUUAAACUCUAGCAAAAAUCCAGAGCAUAACACUGGAAUGGAUUCAAAUCCAGUCAACAAAAUUGAGACAGUAAAUGGACAAGAGACAUCGAGAUCACCCAUUUCUGGCAUAACUGAUGACAGAGUUGAUGCAAGUCCAACAAAUCUACAAAUACUAGACAGUAAAAACCAAAUCAGAACUGGCACAGAUUCAGAGAUUGAUGCUGUAAUGGAUUCAAACCCAGUUAAUAAUGUUGAUACAGUCAGUGGACUGAAGAAUUCAAGUUCACCCAUCUCACGCAGAGUUAAUGCCACAGCUGAUGUGAAUCUAAUAAAUCCAAUAAUACAGAGCAGUAGCUCUCAAACCUCAUUACAAUAUAGCAGAGAUACAGAGAGCAAUACUGGAAUGAAUUCAAAUCCAGUCAAUGGACUAAAGAAUUCCAGAUCACCCAUCUCAAGCAUAACUGAUGGCAUAGCUGAUGUAAGUCCAACAAAUCCACAAAUAGUACACAGUAAAAACCAGGUCAAAGCUGGCACAAAUUCAGGGAGUGAUGCUAGAGUGGAUUCAAACCCAGUAAAUAACGUUGAAAAAGUCAGUGGACAAGAGGCGUCAAGAUCACCCAUUUCUGGCAUAACUGAUGGCAUUGUUGAUGUAAGUCCAACAAAUGUACAAAUACUAGACAGUAAAAACCAAAUCAGAACUGGCAUAGAUUCAGAGAGUGAUGCUGGAAUGAAUUCAAACCCAGUUAAUAAUGUUGAUACAGUCAGUGGACUAAAUAAAUCAAGAUCAUUCAUCUCAGACAGAGCUAAUUCCACAGCUGACAUAGAUCUAAUAAAUCCACAAUCACAUCCAGUUAACACAUCUGAGAUAGUCAGUCAACUACAAAUGCCAAAAUCAAACAUCUCCGAUAUAAUCGAUGCAGUUGAAGUAAAUCAAACAUAUCCAGGAACACAGGAUGGUACCUUUAAAAACCCAUUGAAACCAGGAUCAGAUAAGGAGAAGAAGGUUGAAAUGGAUUCAACCCCACUUAACAAAGUUGAGACAAGUCCACUAGAAAUGCCACAGUUAUCAAUGACAGACAGAGCCGGUGCUACAGUUAAUGUAUACCAAAUAAAUCCACAAAUGGUAUACAGUAACUCUGAAAACACAUUCAACCCUGCAACAUAUUCUGAAAGGGAAGCCACAGUGGUAUCAACUCCAGUUAACACGUUUGAGACAGUCAGUCAACUGGAAACACCAAAAUUGCCCAUCUCAGCCACAGCUGAUCAAAUAAAUCCACAAGACAUGGACUAUAUCUCCAAAAACCCAUUAAAACCUAGUACAAUUUCUGAGAGGAAGGCUGGAAUAUAUCCAAACCAAGAUCACACAACUGAUACUGUAAGCCAACGAGAGACAUCAGAAUCACCCCUCUCUGAUUCUAGACUUGCUGUAAGUGGUACAAAUCCCAGUCUGAAUAGUAAUAAUGACCUACCCAAAAGACGGUUUCUGACAAAAUCAAAAUUUAACAUUACACGACCGAGGAAUGGACAGAUUAAGAGUUCAAACCCUGUGAGUAUAGACACUGAAAGAAAGAAGGUACUAAGGAACAACAAAACUUUAUCUUUGAGAAGUGAUGCGAUGAAAAGUGGCAGGCACCUGCCUACUGGACUAUCUCCUAUGAGGCUAGAGAAGCAGCAAGAAAUUACAAACCAACCAGAAAGAACUGGUCCCACUGGGGAAAGUCUAAGUAAGGAUCCUAGACAUAGAAAACCAUAUAUUUUGCAAAGAAUACCAGUAAAUAAAAGUAAAGCACUUGGCUCAGGAGGGCCAGAAAACACAACUGGAGUGACUGAUUAUAUGAUGAGCAAUGGGACAACACAUUUUGAUUCUAAAACUGUGUCCAGCCCAAAUAAUUUGUUAAAUAGCACAGCCUAUGACAUGAGUCAAUCAGUCAGGCCCACUUUGACAACUCAGGGUAUUGUGGAUCAAGCUCACAUAAAAAGAGCAAAAAAUGCCCCUAUAGUCAAGGUAUUAAACGCAAUCUUUAAUCGCCAGAUUGAAAGUACCUCUCAAACUACUGUGACCAAACCAAGACUUGAAAAACCUGGUGGGAGUUCAGGACAGGAUCGGGUUUUGGACACAGUAAAUAACAUUGGAAGGGACUCACAACCACUUGUUGUGGAACAGACAAAAGGCACCAAUAGAAGAACAGGAAAAACCCCAUUCAGAACUAGCAGUGUAGAUUCCAACCAGGAAAACCAUAAGAAACCUCUUAGAGAAGGAAGGAUUCAAACUCCUGUUGAGAAGAUGCCUCUAGCUGUGGUGAGCAGUGAGAGGAAUGAGUUAAACUAUCCAACAACUGCAGCCACCCCAUACACAGUAAAAACAGAGUUUAAGAACAAUCAUAGUAAAAUGCCUCAGUUUACUCCUCCUAUUAUAAAAACACCACAUUUUAUGGAUCAAGAUCGUGCAGAACAAGCCAAAACCACUUCUGGAGUGAAAGUGUCAAAUAAACAUGUUCAUAACAGGCUGGAAAACCCCAGCCAGGAAAUAGAGUCCAAAAGAUCUCAUAGUGACACUGGAAACAAAGAGUUGCAGAGUGCAAGCAAUGGUCAAAGGUCCGGGGCGGUGACAGAUUUGCAGCCCAACUCUUUGGACAGCAUCCAAAACAGAGCAAUUGGGUCAAUGGCUAUCAUUAUGGACAUAGUCAAGGCCAGUACAGGCUCAAAGGUGUCAACCACAUCUACAGAAAGCACCAAUGAAAACAGAGCAAGAGACACAAACCCUGUUGUUAUGGAUAAGGUCGAGGCUAGUACAGAGGCGAAUCGAUUAACCCCAUCCUCAGACAAUGCUCCUGUCCCAUAUAACAGAUAUAGCAAAACUCCAUUAGGACCUGCUGACUCAGUAGAGGGCAAUAAUGGAGGACAUUCAGUAGAUAACAAUAAUGGGAACUCUUACCCAGUUGCUGUAAACAGAAUGAGCGGGGCAACCUUACACAAAAGCCCAGCUGGGCACACCAACAAUGGAAAUAACAAGAAACCACUCACUGUUAACAACAUGGAUGACAGACAUGGCUUAGAGAAGCAGCUGCUCAGCAAAUGUGAUGGUCAGUGUGAUCUCGGUCCAACUCCUCAAUCAAUACUCAACAGCCAUGAAUCAUCAAACAACGACAGAGAUAAAACCUCCCAAGACUGUUCUGACUUCAUCAUGAGAAACCCAACAAAUGGCAUCUACAAUGUGACACCAACCGGAUCAGACAACAGGACUUUCCCUGUCUUCUGUGACAUGAAGUCCUCUGGUGGAGGUUGGACUUUAAUUCAGCAUCGCUUCGAUGGAAGCACCAGCUUCAAUCGUACCUGGAAUGACUAUAAGAGGGGUUUCGGUAACUUAACAGGUGAGUUCUGGCUAGGUAAUGACAAGAUCCAUUGGCUGACGACGACUAAACCCAUGGUACUGCGUAUUGAACUUGAGGAUCUAGAUGGAAUGAAGGAAUAUGCCCAGUAUGACCACUUUCAUGUGGCCAAUGAAAGCCAAUACUACAGGCUGACGAUAGAAGGAUAUUCAGGCACAGCUGGAGACGCUAUGCAGUACAGUAAAAAGUUCAACCACAACCAAAAGAACUUUACCACUCCAGAUAGGGACAAUGAUCAGUACACCUCAGGAAACUGUGGAGCCUACUACAGCUCUGGAUGGUGGUUUGAUGCAUGCCUGGCUGCAAACCUGAACGGGAAAUAUUAUGAGACAAGAUAUAGAGGAGUGCGAAAUGGCAUCUUUUGGGGCACAUGGCAUAAUAUUUCCACUGAGUCCUACCUAACCCAUGACCGACAAUCUUUUAAGACUGUUAGAAUGAUGAUCAGACCCAGGACGAUGCUUCUGAUGAACUAGCUGAUGUUGAUAGAGAGAAUUCCUAAGAUAGCUGUUGUACAUACACUAGACCUGCUUGGAUAAGUUCUGGGGAAAAUCUCUUUUCCCUUUUAGCAGACUGUUAAGCGCUACUUUAAAACUAUCCAGUUCAGUAUAGUUCCAGGACAUUAUUGUUAGUGUUAAGACAUGUUUAUUUCUGGUUAACAAUUUGGUCCAUUUACAUUUUAUGAUGCAGAGGGCCAGAUCAGACUCAGAAUAAAUAUUUAUUAAGGUUACUUAUACAAUGUCCUUAUUUUUUAAAAUGAUCGUUGGUGAAAUAAAAGGAUGGAAGACAGCAGUAAAGCGCAAGGCAGUAAAAGUGAGGUAUUGAGGUGAACAAGAUAGAAAUUGUGCCCUGUGUCCAAAAGAAAAUCUCAUCUAAAUGAUGAGAUGUUUCUGCUUUGAACAAAACCUUCCUUCUGUUUGGAAUAAUUACAUCCUGUGGAAUGUGGGAAUAAAUGGGUUUUUAUGUGCACUAAUGUUUAAUGGAGGGUGAAAAAUAAAACCCUACAGGACACAGAGCCGGAUGUCCCUAAUGUUUUUACCUUUUUAAAACUGAACACAUUUCACUAUGGUUUGCUUUUAAUACAUAGAUAUUCAUUUAUAUUUUUUUAUUUAAAAAAUAUUCCAUUGUAUGUACAAAAAAGCUUACCAUAUUUUAAGACAAUGCUUAAAAAUAUGAUGUUGUAUGAAUGAACUCAUGCUGUUUAUAUAAUUCAUCCAGUUACUACAUUAUGUUUAAUAUUGUAUGAUGAUUUUCUUUCAUCACUGUGUAUACCAGCUCUAUAUUUACAUUUUAUGGUUUUUACUUAAUUUCUGCACUCAUAUUUCUUCUAAGCUAACCACUGGACCACAGCAAACUGGUAAUUAUGUAAUGGGUUAAACACAUUUUAUUAAUACAUGCAAACAUAAAAGGUUUUCUAUGACUAUAUCAGGGAUGGUAUAAUGUACAAUGAAGUCAAAUAAAAAAAAAAAUUAAACAUACCAACAAUAAGCCUUAGUACAUGUUUCCAUCAUCUUGAACAGUGCUCUUCUGCUGCAGCCUCACAUCUUUCAUAAUGCUGGAUAAAAUCCCAAUUUGCUCCAAGAACAGCCUAAAUUCUUACUAGCGUGGAUUUAUAAAGGAGCUAGAAACAUUCCUUAGACAUAGUUGCGGCACAUUUAUGCCAUAAGUCUCCUGUUCCACUGCAUCCCUAAGGUUCUCUAAUAGACCUGAUGACUGUGGAAGCCACUGGUGUUCACUGACAUUAUUGUCAGUUUUGUUGAAACAGUUUGAGAGGGCAUGUGCUUCAUGGCAUGAUUGUGGUAAAUUCUAAUUCAUGUCACAGCAGAAAUACAACAUUUUCACUGAAAUGCAACUGUCCAGUUUUGAUGAGCCUGUGCCUACUUUUUUAAACCGGAGAAAAUCGCAGUUCUUCCCCAUUUUAAAAGUUUAGACUAAACCACUGAACUGCUUGACCAUGACAUCAUGCACUGUAUGUGUUAGGUUGCUGCCACAUGACUGGCUGAUAAAAUGCCUCACUGAGCAGGUGUACGGUUGUACCUAAUAAAGUGUAAUAUACAGCAAUAUUUCAUAUAAAAUGCCAGAUCACAUAAAGUAACAAACAUUUUGUAGAAAAUGUGUAGAAAAGAUACAGCCUGGAAUUGAAAUCAGGCUGUGAAUUGAAGCUGCAGGCUGUGAGAUGGCUGAGGCGGAUUGAACUCCUGCUGUUUCUCAGCUUCUAAAAAACUGGGCCUAAAUUGUACAAUCUUUCUCAUCUUGAAUUAAU